CCUAUCGGCGGCCGCUCAGCGAGCUCGCAUUCCUGCCUCUGUCCACGCCUUACGUUGGUAUCGGGCGCUGCAAGGAGCCCGGCGUUUCCCUACACUCGCGGCGCGUGGACUGCCUGCUUUCUGUCACCCCUAGCUCCCAUACAGCCACAUACAUACACACACAUACACACACACACACCCACACACACACACACACACACACACACAGCCCCGUCAGCGAUGAUCAGCCGGCAGCAUGGCGCAGUCAGCUUUGCCGACUGUUGAUCCGUUCCGAGCGACGCGUAUUUGGUGCAACAUCAUCAUCGCUCUUCAGUCUGAGGUGGAGGUCAAGCGACGUCGACAUAACCUGAAGCGGCACAAUGACUGCUUCCUUGGGUCCGACGCUGUGGAUCUCAUCCUCAGCCACCUUCUGCAGAACAAGUACUUUGAUGCCGAAAUCACUCGGUCAAAAGUGGUGAGACUCUGCCAAGCUCUGAUGGACAACAAGGUGUUUGAAGGCGUCGGCACAAAACUCUUUGGAAAAGUUAAGAAAGAGUCCACUUUUGAGGACAGCAGCUACAGUUUGUACCGGUUUACCACCCUGCACAAGUGGGUGGACUCUGUGAAAGACAAUGGGAGCACUGGCCUCACUCCUGGAGCACAACUAACCCCUGGAUACAACAGCUGGGGUAGCAGGCCUGUAGACUUUCCCACAUCAGAUGCCGGCCCUGCUGACAGCUCACUAGCAGAACUGCUUGAUCAUUUGAGUUUGAUGCCUGUAAAUUCUUCUCGAUUUGAAACCUCUCAGCUGCCUCCAACAGUCGUCAGCGAGAUAUGGCAGGAACAAACAAUACUGCGUCUGCUGCAGCUGAUUGAGCUUCCAAUCCUGGACUCGCUGCUGGACAGAAAGGGGCAGCGGCCAAACCCGCAGAACUCCAGCAAUGAUGCGGUUACCAGCAGCUUAUUGGAUCGAGAAAUCCUAAAGGCUUAUGGAGAUUCUCAGGACAGUGAGUGGCUGUCGGCUGCCAUUGGUUUACUGGAGUACCUCCCUGAUGUCACAGUGGUGGAAAUCAGCAGGAACUUUCCGGAACCUUCCUGUGACGUGGACCAGUGCAAAAUGAUGUUCUUUGACGCCAUUGCUAAACAUUACAGUCAAAGCAAAGAACCACUCCUUACCAAUGACCUCUUUGACAUCCACACUGGAGUGACGGAACUGAUUGUGAAUGGCAAGUCUGAACCAGCACUGGAAGCAACACAACUGUGUCUGAAGCUUCUGAAUUCUAGAAAUCGAGAAGAACUGAGAAGACUGUUGCAUUUCAUGGCCGUUGCUUCAUAUCCAGCGUCCAUUCCGUUACAGAUUGGGGUCGAGAAUAGAAUUGUGAUGAAGAGGACUUUCGGUAAAGCAAUUGUUUUUAACAAGAACCUCUCGAAAGGGAAAACUGAUCUCUUGGUCUUGUUUCUGCUUGAUCACCAGAAAGAUGUAUUUAAGAUCCCUGCGUCGUUGCACAAAAUGGUGAGUGAGAAGCUGAUGAACAUUCAGUGUGGUCGUGAUCCAGACCUUAGUUCAGUGCACUCUUUCUGUGAGAGGCUAAGCCAUUCUGCCUGUGAAAGCAACAUGCGAAAAACCACCAGAGACGAACUGUUGUUGCUGCUUAAAACUAUUGAUGAAAACACUCAGCUGUCUGCUAAAGAGAAAAAGAAGGUCCUUACUCAGUUCAACAGGAGCCAUCCAGCUAUAUUUAUACAGUAUUUCUUUGAUCCAUCGAGAAAACUUUAAUGUUGUCAAUGUAUAUGUGUAUAAUUGUAAAGAGUUUAUUAAAUUAAAUGAAAAUUUUAUAAGAUUGUA